AUGUUCAAACUGGAACCAAUCGGAUCAACUCUUUUUAGUUCCGACGUGGUUUGGGACGAGAAGGGACACGCCAGGAUCUCUUAUAUAUAUGUAACUUUCACCGACGAUGGCAUUAAAUCUAUUCAGUUCAUCUAUUUUCAUGAGGGAGUUCAUGUCGAGUCUAAAAAGCACGGUUACUCCGGAGGUAAACACACCACAAGAGUGAAACUGGAAAACGAUGAAUAUUUGACUGCAUUGAGUGGAGUUUAUGGUGAAAAGCGUAUCACGUCUUUGACAUUUCACACUAAUAAGAGGAGCCACGGUCCGUUUUGUAAGAGAGAUUAUGAUAUAAGUUUUAUGAGGAAAAUUGAUGUGGGGAUAUGUGACCGCAGUGAGUUUUGUGGUUUAUUUGGGUCUUUCUCCGAGGUUAAAUAUGGCGGCUAUCUGACAUCCAUUGGCAUGUAUGUCUCUCACAAUACAAGCAUCAUUGACCAAGACCCUAGAACCAGGUUCGGAGCCACCUACGACGAUCACCACUUCGUUCGUUCGGAAUCAUUGGAUCAUACAAGCACGAGUGGUCAUUAUCAAUGCCCCAACAUCGUUGAUGGUUUUCCUGUCAAUCCCAUACGUCGUCGUGAGUCCAAACUCAAAGACAAGAUACUCUCCAAGUUUAAUAAAGCUAUUCGGUUCCUUCUUAACCUUUGA